AUGCGAAAAGUUUUUGUUGUUGAUGGGACAUUUUUGAAGAGCAAAUACAAAGGGGUAUUACUUGUUGCGACAACUUUAGAUGGAAACUCCAACUUGUAUCCUAUUGCAUUUGCGGUUGUGGACUCAGAAAAUGAUCGUUCAUGGGAUUGGUUUUUCAGACAACUAAAGGUUGUUGUUCCGGAUGAGUGUGCUCUUGCUUUUGUGCCAGACAGAAAUAACUCACUUUGUAAGGCACUUGAGAAUGUGUAUCCUCUUUCUCAACAUGGAAUUUGUAUUCACCAUUUGUUAAAUAAUGUGGUCACACAUUACAGAGGAAAGGGAGUGGUUGGAUUGAUUGCAAAAGCUUCUAAACCUUAUAGAGCUGUUGAUUUUCAGAAGCGAUUCCAAGCUGUGUGCAAUAUUAGUCUAGCUAUUGGAAAAUAUUUAACAGAUGCAGAUGUUACAAAGUGGGCUCGCUGUCAGUUUCAAGGAUACAGGUACGACAUCAGGACGACAAACCCGGCUGAAUCAAUAAACCCUGCUUUGCACUCACCAAGAGAGUAUCCAGUCAUUCCUUUGUUGGAUAGCAUCAGAGAAAUGCUUACCCGUUGGUUCUACGAACGACGCACACGACGCAGGAAGCACACAGAACCAUUAACUAUUGCCAUCGAGAAAAAGAUAGAUAGACGGAUUAACAAGGGUAAACCGUUUCUUGUCCAGCCAGUUAACGAGCAUCCUUUUUUGGUUCGUGGAGAUACAAUCGACUUCCUGGUUGAUUUGGAUAGAAGAACCUGCUCAUGUGGAAAAUAUGACCUACUAAAAAUCCCAUGUAAAGACGCAAUCAAGACUGGUUUAACAGUUGGCUGA